AUGUCUACUAUUCUUGACAAAUCUUUGGACGACAUCAUCUCCACCAGAAGAACUAAAAAGCCUCAGGGCAAGAAGAAGGUCGUCGGUAAGGGCGUGGGCAAGGUUCAGAAGAAACAACCUGUUUCUUUCCAGAAAGUGGCCAAGAAGGUCGCCCCCCAGCCCAAGCCAGCUUUGGAUUUGACUUACGCCACUAAGGUGGUUGCUCAGGGCUUGCCCCGUGACUUGAAGCAAGAUGCUAUCAAGUCGCAAGUUGGCGGUGUGUCGCACGUGUCGAUGAACUACAACGAGAAAGGUCAGUUCAGAGGUGUUGCCACGAUCGUGUUCAAGUCGCACAAGAACGCUGUGCUGGCCGUGGAGAAGUACAACAAUGCUCCAAUCGACGGCGGCAAGUCCAAGUUGAAGAUGGAGUUGAUUGUUGACCCAACCAGAAAGCCUUUGGCCGCUAGAAUCAGUGCUAACCUGCCAAAGCCUGUCCAGACACCUCAGACAAAGAAGAAGCAGGCUCUCAAGGAGAAGGUGCAGCAAAAGAGACAGCAGCUCCAAAAGAAGCCUGUUAAGCAGACAAAGGCCAAGGCUGCUAAGCCAGCCAAGAAGACUGCUGAGCAGUUGGACCAGGAGAUGUCUGACUACUUCAACAACUAA